AUGAGUGAAGAUAGUGGUCCAAGUAAUCAUAACAAUGGUAGUGAUGAUAGUGAAGGGAGUGAAGGUGGUGAUGUGGGAGAGUUCAGUGAUAGUACUGAGAUUAUGUUCAGGCAUUCUUGUAGGACUACAUAUUUAUCGUUAUUGAAUAAGAACUUAAGUGAGGACCAAAAGCUUUGUAUUCAAAGAACACCAUUUUGGUGGUUCACUUUGUUGAAUGAUUCUGUUAAGAUAAGUAGAAAUGUUCUUGGCUUAGGAUUGAGGAUUGUCGGAGAUGUAGUGGAUUUGGAUGAAGUCGUUAUUGAAAGUGUAUGUAGGAACAUUUUUAGUCAGAAGAAGGUUACUGUUGGGGUGAUAUAUAACUAUCUUUUGAACCACUCGGAAUGUGUUGGAGUAGAUGAUUUUUGCAGGUUAUACAUCUUCAUAGGCAUAUCCGAGUUUUUUUUGCCUAAUAGAAAUGCAACCGUAUUCCCCAUACUGUUCAAGAUUGUUGAUGACUUGAAAAGUUUAUGCCAAUAUAACUGGGGUCGUGUAGUUUACGAGUACCUGGUUGGGAGUUUGUGUAAUGCUUCAUUGGUUUUGAAGAUGAAAAGACAUAGGAAACACUUUCAUGUUGUGGGUUGUGUUUAUUUAUUACAGCUUUGGUGUUUUGAUCACUUUCUAUUUGUGAAGAGAAAGGGUGCAGGCGGUGGCAAUGAAUUUCCAAGGUUGUUGCGUAGGAUGAAUAUUAAAGUGGGUGACGGUGCUUUAAAGAGUAGUUUGGAGAAGAAUGUGAUAGUUGUUGAUCUUUGUGUGUCAAAGCAAGAACUUCUUCAUGCAGUAGUUAGAGAAGCGUAUGAAGUGUUUGGUCAUGAAGUUGGUCGAAGUAACAGACAAACUGAAGGAGUAGAUUUAGGAACAAGGAAGGUUGAAGUUGAGGUUCUAAUUGAAAGGCAAGAACGUGAAAUAGGUGAACUUCGCCAAUCUUUAUCCCUUUUAGAAGGAGUUUUUCAUGAGAGGAAGACGGAAAGAACCAAGGAGUGCGAUUCUGUUACUCCUUCUACCAAUGUUCACAACGAAAGAGGUAAAACAUUUGAAGACCAAUUUUAUAGCCAAGGUGGACAUCAAUCACAUGAAGCAUGGAGCCCAUUGCAGACUACUGUUAAGCGCAAUGUUGGUGUCAAAGUCGGAGAAGUUAAUGUGGACACCCCAGAUGGAAGUGAUGAAGAGUUGUCAAAACAUGUGAGCCGUGUAGAGGAACCAAAUCCACCACAAAGUAAUAUGUAUGACAGAAUGAAGCUUCAUCGGCAGGUGUUGUAA